AUGGAAAUUAAUAAAGAACAAAAUUUUCUUAUCAAUCACACUAACACAGACGAAUAUAAAAAGAUCACGGAUAAAAUCCAAUGUGUUAUAGACAAAGUAGAACAAGAGACUAUACAAAUCAAAAAGAGUAAAUAUACACGUGAUAAGAAUGACUACAGACGCAAUGAAGUUAGGACAUUUGGGAAAAAUCGAAAACCAGAAAAUCAUAAUACAUAUGAUCAAUACAGACACAAUUCUUACAAUCCACAUCACACACGCACAAAUUAUCAACCAAGGGCAAACCCAUUUAGGGACCAUCACAAUAAGAGACCUAGAGAGAGAAUAGAACCUAAACCUUCCACAAGUCCCCAUGGGAGAACCCACACACCCAACAUGAGAACUCCUAUCCAGAUGGAAAAAAGAGCAAAAUCAGAUGAAUUCUUAACAGCACAAAGCAAAUUCAGACACAAUCCUAGGAGAAUAUCCGAUAUUUCCACCAACAAUAGAUUUGAACCUCUUGAAAAAAUCACAAGGGAAGAGGAUUUUUGGAGUCUGAGGAACAAAGACAAACACAAAUUCCUCUCACGCCAAAAAUCACCAAACAAAAGACAAAGGAGCACGGAAGAAGGGGAAAUAGAGGAGGCGUGGACACACAGAGGAGGAAAGAGGGACAAACACAACCCAUAA